AUGGCAGAAUACGAGGCAUGUGCCCUUGGGAUCAAAGCAGCAAUUGACUUCAACGUUAAAUUGCUCAAAGUAUAUGGAGACCUAGCCUUGGUGAUCCAUCAGUUGAAAGGAGAAUGGGAGACUAGGGAUCACAAAUUGAUACCUUAUCAGGCCUACAUCAAGAAAUUGAUGGAGUUCUUUGAUGAUAUCUCCUUCCACCAUAUUCCCAGAGAGGAGAAUCAAAUGGUCGAUGUGCUUGCCACUCUAGCAUCCAUGUUUCAGCUAACCCCACAUGGAGACUUGCCGCACAUUGAGUUCAGAUGUCGUGGCAAGCCUGCACAUUGCUGCUUGAUAGAAGAGGAGCAAGACGAUAAACCAUGGUACUUCGACAUUAAGCGAUACGUCGAGGACAAGGAGUACCCACGGGAGGCUUCCGACAAUGGCAAGAGGAUGUUGCAAAGGUUAGCAACUGGCUUCUUUUUAAGCGGAGGUAUCUUGUACAAGAAAAAUCAUGAUAUGGUCUUGCUCUGA